AAGUGUUGUUGUUCUUGUUGAUAAGAUACAACAAAUCAUCACUGUCUAUAUAUAUCACAUUAUAUCUACCUAAAUAGCAAAGUAUUCGUGAAUUUCUUCAUUUCACAUUAUAUUGUGAAGUUAAACAUAAAUAAUGGACUCAAGUAAGUUUCAUCAAAUAAAUCUCGAAGACUUUAAAUGGAUAAACAAGCCAAAUGAAUGGUCAAUCAAUAAUUUAAAUGUUCUUAAUGUAACCACGGAUGAGAAAACAGAUUACUGGGAAGGCACUUGGUAUAAUUUUCAUCAUAAUACCGGUCAUGUGUAUGGAUUAGAAAUAAACGGCGACUUUACAUUUUCGGUAUGCGUAGAAGCUGAGUUUACGAACUUAUACGACCAAGCUGGGCUUAUGAUUUUCUUGGACGAUAAACACUGGUUGAAAGCAGGCAUCGAGUACAAUGACGGCCAGCCAAUGAUAAGCAGUGUCCUUACUAACGAACUCUCUGAUUGGGCCACAGGUGUCUUCACCGGUAAUCCUCGUAAGUUCUACAUUCGCAUGACAAGAAAAGGCGAUGUGGUGUGCGUGAAAUAUUCCACAGACAAUAUAACAUGGACACUUCUUCGUUUGUGUCCCAUGGCGUUUUCUUUGAAUAAAAACCCGUGUGUCGUCGGGCCCAUGUGCUGUACGCCUUUGAGAAAAGGAUUGAAUGUUAAAUUCAGUAAAUUUUCGAUUACUGUCCCUGGUGACGACAUUCUACAUUCGAAUUAAGUUUUCAAUGUACAAAAAUAAAACAUGCAUGUUUAUAAAA